UCCGCGCGUCGAAGUGCGCAUAUACAAAGUGAUAUACGCACCAUAUACUCAUCUGAUUGCCAUGGCUUGCUCUCCCUCUCUCUCUCUAUUCUCCACGUCACUCGAUCUGACAUGCUGACGUAAUUCUAUUUGGUCUGGCGUCGUCCGAAAAGAUGGAGACGAAGAGAAAGCGGCCAUUGGUGACAAUGUCCAGUGUGGAACGCUCUAAACAAGACCUAGAGAACAUGGUCGCCCAGAAGGCCCGAGAGCUAUUCGACCUGUGCGAUCGUCAAGAAACCGGCUACAUCACCCGUACUGGCAUCAUGCGGCUGGAGGGCGAACUACCACUGACUGCCAGCCAGCUGUGCGACGUAUUCGAUCUGCUGGAGACGGACAACCGGGGCUUCCUCACGCUCAAAGAAUUCACAAAAGGUUUUAUUGGUUUCAUGGAUGUGAAAUUCUCGGAGCUUGACGACGAUUUCGAUAACAUAGCAGAGCCGGGCAUGGUUGCGACCUGCCCAACACCCGCGCCGAUACACUCACGCUCCGUAGACGUGGAAUGCUUGGCAGGCGUGGAUGACAUCGUCAUCGAGCCAGCAACUAUGCGGUCGGAAAGUUAUGUCUGGGACGGCAACUCUGACGAGGAUGAAGGAUUUCAGAAAUUAAUGCAGCAUCUAGGUGGGAACGACAUAUUAAACGAGGAGGAGCAGAUUCGAGAACUUUGGCUGCAGCUGCGCCGAGACGAGCCGCAUCUGCUGGAUAACUUCGAGGACUUCCUCGGCCGCAUGGCGAGCCUGCUGAAGAGAUCCGAGCUCGAGCUUAGCUCGCUGCAGUCCGCCAUCAAAACCAAGUGUACAGCUCACGACCAGCAGGUGCGUGUACUCUACGAGGAAAUGGAACAGCAGAUAAGCGAGGAGCGCGAGAAGCUUAUUGCCGCGGAAAAGGCUCGGGAGCGCAGACGAAAACUAGAUAUGAAAGCGGAAUUCGAGGAGAAAGAGCAGCAGCUUCAGAAUAUACUCUGCAGACAAGUAUCGAUGGAGAAGAAACUCGAGGAAUUGAACAGCGCCGAGUCGCAGAGUCGGCAGCAGAACGAGUUGCUAGCGUCCGAGAACGAGGAUUUACGGAGGGCGCUGGUCGAGUGCAGCGCCGUGUCCGACGAUUCAUCCAGCGCUGAUCAUGGUCUGAGCCAGCUGCGGGUCCAGCAGAGACUGCAGAGAAGGUCGAGAGCGGAAGCAUGUGUCAAGGUGUCUGAGAGCAUCGCCAACGACAGGGUCAGUCUGCUGCAACAGCUGGAGCUGCUGCGCAAAAUGAACGAGAAGCUCAGUGAUGACAAAGACGAGAUCGAGGAACGAAUGAAUGCCGCGUCGGGCAAUGCAGCUAUGAUGUCCACACCGUCUGCGUCUCCAGAUUCCAUCUUCAGCUCGGUCAGACUUGACAAACAAGGAGCAGUCUUCUCAGACUACGUCCCCUCGGACAAAGGCGAGCGCCAGAACAAAACUCAGAAAAUGAAGCAAUGGAACCGCACGUGGCUACGCAAGUUGAAUCUUACUGGAGUGGAGAUUGUAUAUGCGCUGGAGUCUCGUUACCAGCUACGUCGAACGGAAACUGCAGCCCGGAAGUAGAUGAAAGUUCGUCAUUUUCCUAUUUGGCAUGGAAUAGAGACACCGGAGAACCAAUAACGACAAAUGAUGCUUCCCCGGCUUUUGUC